CUUGGACACGCCAACUACCGUGCAACGUACACCGUCGCGACCCAGGCUCGCGCUGCCGGUACGCCCGUUAACCUAUCCCUCCUCCCUUCCAAAUGUGACCAUUGCAUUCUGGGCAAGCAGACUCGCUCGCCUGUGCCUAAGGUCCGGGAGGGGGUUCGGAGCACGGAACGGGGGGCGACCUACUACAUAGACGCGACUGGGGACCAAUGUACCCGGUCUGCCAGCGGCAAUAUCUGUUCCCUUGACAUAAUCGAUGACUUUUCGUCUUUCGGCUGGGCUUUUCCUCUCCGGUCCAAGGGCGACUGUUCGUCGACCCUUCGGACCUUCCUCAUCGCUCGU